AUGCGUGAAGAGAAUGAAGCAGCUGCAUUUAAAAUGAGAGAACAGAUGCAAGCCGUCGUCAAAGCACUGGCAGAAGAAAAUAAGGCAUUAAAAGAGGACCUUGUGGUUUCGAAUGCAGAGCUACAAAGAAGGACCUCUGAGCUAAGGGCAUAUAAAAUACAGAUGGAGGCUUGGAAAGCGAAGCUCCCCAAGUUCAGAGAUUUCCUCAAUGAGCUGGGGUCAGAUUAUAAGGUUCUUCGGGGAGAAUCGGUUCAACUUAAAGCAACCAGGACAUCCCUAGACAGGGAGAGAAAAGAUAUCGAAGAAAACAUAACCAGUGCAAGAGAGCUAUUACGGCAGGUGACAAGUCUCGUCGGUGAGAGGCGCAGCCGUCUUUCGGAGACAGUGCACUCUACGGACUUGUUGAAACAAAAUCUGAAAAACACAGAGGAAAAGGUAAAACUUGUUCGAGAACAACUAUCUGAUGAAAAGAAGAGAACAGCAGCUCUGGAAACUUAUAUUCGAGAGCAAACAUCCGUUCAUGGGGAAAAGCUCUGUCUCAUUAGAUCUGACCAGGCUGGAAUGAUAGAGAAGCUCGAUUCUAGGUUUCAGUCUAUGAGCUCGCAACUGGGAUCCUUCCAAUCGAGCACUGAGUCAAUCUUUGGUAGCGCAUUGGAUGAAUGUCGGGUGUCUCUUAAACUUAUUGACGAGAAACAUUCAGCUGGCCAGACGGACGUGCGGCGGGUAGAAGAAAUAAUACAUAAAUCUGCAUCUCAGAUGGAAGCGAUUCAGCUAGAAAUAGCGAAUGAAAUACACGGAAGCUCUGAAGCGAACGGUAACCUUGUUGACCAACUAAAACAGCAUCUUCAGUAUCUCGGGGACAGUGUGAACAACGGUUUGAACAUACUUAGAGAGCUUUCUGCAAACGAACAAAGAUGCAGUGCCUUGCAGGAAAGCUUCCAAGCUUUUGUGCCGAGCCUUGAGAGUCUUAAUUUGUCUGUUAAAGAGAUUGGUGACAAAGAAUCUGACCUAGCCCAACAGAUGGAACAUAUAGGAAGAAGUAUUACAGAGAUAAACAUACCCGAAAAAGUUGAAUUAUCUUCGGCUGAAGCUUUCUCCUAUUCCCAAGAGAAACUUGAAUUGGAGCAAAGGCUACAAGAGCUAUCCACAGAACUCAGAAUCGCUAAAGAGAGCAUUGAGGAGAAGCAAAUUUGCAAAGAAGAAGCCAAUCACGCGUUACAUGAAGCAAUGGGAAGGGUCCGGGAGACAGAACAGAGAGCAAAACAAUUCGAAUCUCAAACCAUUGAACUACAAGAUAGGAUCAAAAAGAUUGAGAUUGAAGUUCGCGAGGAGCUGAACAGAGCGAGUGUCAUCUCAAGGGAUCAGUGCAGGGCACGUUAUGAACAACAAGUCCACGGGUUACGAGCAUUGGCGGCGAAAGAGGUCUCAACGAAGGAGAAGCAAGCUGAAAUUGAACGUCUGCUCUUAGAAAAGGAAGAGAAGAUUCAUGCCUUUGAAAUCUCUCAUGCCGAGAUCUCAAUAGCUUUAAUAGAGAAAGACGAGUAUAUUAGAAUGCUUCAGGAGACAGAAAAGUCGAAUGCUAAGAAACUGGACUCUCUACAGCAACAAUUGAAUGAAGCUGGUGAAAAACUUACUAGUGUUGAGGGCGAGCUCUCAACUGUCUCUACUGAAUCGCAGAAGACAUCACAAGAAUUACAGAAGAAGCUGGAGUCACUCUGCAAGGACCUCUCGAAGAAAGAGGAAGAAUAUAAAUCAAAGGAAAACGAACUAUCAGCGGUAUGUUCAGCCAAAUCAGAUCUAGAACAUGGCAAAUCAAAGGCGAAAGCGGAGAUACAUGCAUUGCUACGAAGAGUCCAGGACGCAGAAAGCUGGGUGAAAAGUAUUAAGGAAGUGUUUGGCCAAGUACUUCCAAGUUCUAUAAAAGAGCAAAUUCCAGAUGCAUGGAAUAAGUUACAAGGUCUUUUACAGUCUACAGAUGCUCAAAAUCCCCCAGAGCCCAAUUCCAUAGAUAGUACUGUGGCAAUAAAUGGCAGCCCAAAGGGUCACACAGGAACCUCUAUGGUCUCAACUCCUCAGAAGGAUUGCAGAACACCAGGGAAGGGCUCGGUUCAUAAAACUGAGUUUAUCUACCGCACAGAAAGCAUCCAAAGAAGUUUAUUCUCUUCUCCGAUAGAGGAGAGUUCGAAUAUUGAAACCUCUAAGGUCGCUUUGGACAAGCCCAAGUCCAUCCAACAUUCACAGCCAUCCACUGAUAUUGUACCAUUUUCCAGCAUUCGGCAACAGAUUUCGCUGGCACGUUGCUCAACCCCUGAGGAAAAUCAUAAUGACCUUGCAACUAUGCUUGGCUUUACACCGAGCAAAUCAGAAAGUCCGGGGAGGCCUGAUGUUAUAAAUAAGCCCAGUGUAUCCUACACGACGCCUUUACAGGUUACUGACAUAAUUCUCCUUGACAAGGAAGUGGAUGGAGCGCCCCAAAUCAGCAAGGACACGCCAAUCGCGACUCAAGCUGUGUCGAUAGGCGAACAUAUCUCUAACCAACGCGAUACCUCCAAAUGCAAUACACCAAAACAAAAGACCGUCACAUUUGAGGGGCAAGAUCUAGCCGCAGACCAAAAGAAGAUCAAGGUCUCGAAUUCCAGGGAGAAUGAUGUUCCUGCGAGUACACCCCAGAAGCCACAAGGACAAAGGAAGAUAACUCGCACAAAUCAACGGACUUAUAGUCGGACACAGCAGUCUUCCUUCAGAAGCAGGCAGGAAAUGGUCACGCAUCAGCAAUCCUCUUCUCAUGUGGAGGAGACAGGUGACCGAGAUAGACCUGAAGGCCCGUCUCCGAAUAAGAAGACAAGAUCUUCGCUGGAUUCGUCCUAUACUAGGACAAAGACCAAGGCUGCUUCUGAAUACUUUGAGCCCAAAGCAAGCCCUGCAAGUUUAGCCUCAGGCAGCAGCAAGUAUUCAUCUGCGCAUCAGAACUACCCCAAUAGCACAAGGUGGUCUCGAGGCUCUAGAGGGGGCCGCAAGACGCGAGGCGAUCGAUACAAUGCCCGUUUCAACAGGGAGACCUAA